CUAUAAUAUUCAUGCUAUAUAUAUAUGUGCAUAUAAAGAAAUUGAAAUCAAAGUUUCGAUAAAUUCCUAAUUUAAACAAAAAUCGAGUCAAUCACUCACCGAAAUCAAAUCAUGGCGAACCGGUGGUGGGCCGCCGUCCAAGCGGGGUUUCCGGUGGCCGUCGAACCGCCGGCCCUGAUGAACAGCGCCAGAAAGGCAGAAUUAGAAAACUCAAUUAAAGAAAAGAGCUUCUUCGACGACGACGGCGGCGGAGGCGGUGGCGGCGAGGACGAGCUGAAAGAAGGAGCAGUCGAAGUCGUGAACCGGCGCCCCCGCGGCCGACCGCCCGGUUCGAAGAACAAACCCAAGCCGCCGGUUUUCGUGACCCGGGACAGCCCCAACGCUCUGCGCAGCCACGUCAUGGAAGUCGCCGGCGGGACCGACGUGGCGGAGAGCAUCGCCCAGCUGGCCCGCCGCCGCCAGCGUGGCGUCGCCGUCAUCAGCGGCAGCGGCUCCGUCGCCGCCGCCACCAUACGCCAGCCUUCCGCUCCCGGCGCGGCGGUGGCGCUCCACGGCCGGUUCGAGAUCCUUUCUAUGACGGGGGCUUUUCUACCCGGUCCGUCUCCGCCCGGCGCCACCGGUCUGACCAUUUACCUCGCCGGCGGCCAGGGCCAGGUUGUCGGCGGAAGCGUGGUGGGCCCGCUGGUGGCGGCCGGGCCGGUGAUGGUGAUGGCAGCCAUUUUUUCUAAUGCAACUUAUGAGAGAUUGCCACUCGAGGACGACGGCGGCGGCGGCGGAUCGGGUCAUGGGGGGGCGGAGGAGUCGCCGGGAAUAGGGCAAGAAAUAGAAGACCCCUCAUCUUUGGGUAAUUACAAUAUGGCCCCGCUUAGUUUCAUGCCCAAUGGUGGGCAGAUGAAUCAUUGGCCAAAUCCAACUCAAUACUAAUAUACGUAUAUAUCUAUAUAUAUAUAUUAAAAUAUAUUAUAUAGUAAUAUAUAAGUAUUUAAGUAAGUAUGGAUCAGUUUAUUUUAUUCUUGUAUUUUUAAGUUAUGUGUUAUUGUUAUUAUUAUUAUUAUUA